GGAGGGCUGUCACCUCUCCUGAGCGCUGCCGUGAGGUCGAGCAGAAGAGCAGAAGACAGCAUCUUUCCUUUGGCUUGACUGGGUGAGCGAGGACUCACAGGAACCACCUCGUCCUACCUGCAAGGCCUUGCAAGACAGCAUAGCUUACGCUGACCCAGAGACAUCCCCCAUCUUGGACUGUGACUGGCUCUCAGUCUAAAUUGAACACUGACAUUCAUUUUACCGAACCCAAGUGAGUGCGUUGAACAUGGGUCCAAAAGGCCUCCUGGGCUUCCUUCUCCUGAUUUCCUCUCUGACCCGAACCGAUGCCGGCUUGGUGAAGAAUAUGCUUAGGCAACGGCGACAAACCACGGCACCUUCUGAAGAGCACACCAUCGGCCUCUCCAGCGCAGACCAGCCCGUGGUUUUCAAGCAUGUCUAUAACAUCAACGUCCCUGCUAGCUCCAUGUGCUCUGUAGAUCUGGAUCCGCCCAAAGAUGCGAUUGCCCCCUCGGACGUUCAAAACACAGAAGGCGUAAUAAAUAAAGAAAACCAGAUCGUCUUCACCCAUCGCAUCAACAUUCCCCGGCAGGCCUGUGGCUGCACCGAUAACAUGCCAGAGCUGAAGGACCUCCUCAACAGGUUGGAGAUGCUGGAGGGAGAAAUAUCGGUGCUGAGGGACCAGUGUUCUGGAGAUACUACCUGCUGUUCUGCUCAAGUCACAGGUGAGGUGGGAACCAAGCCUUACUGCUACGGGCACGGCAACUACAGCGCCGACACCUGCAGCUGCGUAUGCGAGCCGGGCUGGAGAGGACCGAACUGCACCGAGGCGGCGUGCCCCGGUGACUGCCGAGACCGGGGUCGGUGCGUGGACGGCAAGUGCGAAUGCUUCGAGGGCUUCGCCGGAGACGACUGCGCGCAGCGGGUCUGCCCCGUGGACUGCGGGGCGAACGGCCGGUGCCAGGGCGGGGCCUGCGUCUGCUCGGAGGGUUUCUUCGGCGACGACUGCUCGCAGACCAAGUGCCUGAACAACUGCCUCGGCCGCGGCCGCUGUGUGGACGAAGAGUGCGUGUGCGACGAGCCGUGGACCGGCUACGACUGCUCGGAACUCAUCUGCCCCAAAGACUGCUACGACCGCGGCCGGUGCGUGAACGGCACUUGCUACUGUGACGACGGUUACGCGGGGGAGGACUGCGCGACGCCCACGUGUCCCAGCAACUGCCGGAGGAACGGCUUCUGCGUGGACGGCAAGUGCGUGUGCAGUGCCGGCUACGCGGGGGAGGACUGCUCCGUGCCCACCUGCCUGAACGACUGCAGCGGCCGGGGGACGUGCUACAACGGCGUGUGCAUCUGCGAGGCGGGCUACCAGGGCGAGGACUGCAGCCAGCUGGCGUGCCUCAACAACUGUAACAGCAGGGGGCAGUGCAUCAACGGACGGUGUGCCUGCGACGUGGGCUUCCAAGGGGACGACUGCGACGAGCUGUCCUGCCCCGGCGACUGCUCGGACAGGGGCCGCUGCGUCAACGGCCAGUGCGUGUGCGCGGAAGGCUUCGCCGGCGAGGACUGCGGCGUCAAGACCUGCCCCUCCAACUGCCACGGCCGCGGCGACUGCGUGGACGGCCGCUGCCUGUGCUUCGGCGGCUUCGCCGGGGAGGACUGCGGCGCGCUGAGUUGCCCCGGCGACUGCCGGAACCGCGGCCGGUGCGUCGACGGGCAGUGCGUUUGCGACGAGGGCUUCGCCGGAGAGGACUGCAGCCGGAAGGCCUGCCCCAACGACUGCCUGGGCCGCGGUCGCUGUCUGGACGGCCAGUGCGCGUGUGAGGAGGGCUUUUCGGGCGACGACUGCUCCGUGCUGUCCUGUCCGGAGAACUGCAGCGGCAGGGGGCGCUGCGUGGUCGGCAGCUGCGUGUGCGAGGAAGGCUACGAGGGCGACAGCUGCGGGGACCUGAGCUGCGUGAACAACUGCCAGGGCAGAGGCCGCUGCGUGAACGGCCGCUGCGUGUGCGAGGAAGGCUACGUCGGAGAAGACUGCUCGGAUGUCUCGCCACCUAAAGACCUUACCAUCUCUGGGGUCACCAACGAGACCAUGGACCUGUCAUGGAAAAACGAGAUGUUGGUAACAGAGUAUCUGGUGACAUAUGUACCCAACAACCCUGGCGGCCUGCAUCAAGAUUUCACCGUGUCAGGAGAUCAAACCGCUGCUACCAUCAAGGAGUUAGAGCCUGGCAUUGAAUACCUAAUCAAUGUCUAUGCCAUCCUUAAUAACAGGAGGAGUAUCCCUGUCAUUGCAAGAGUGGCCACGUAUCUCCCACAGCCAGAGGGUCUGAAGUUCAAAUCAGUGAGAGAGACCUCGGUGGAGGUACUAUGGGACCCUCUAGACACUACCUUUGAUGGCUGGGAGCUCUAUUUCCGCAACACGAAAGAAGAGAACGGAAAGAUUGUGAACAUCCUGCCAUCUUCUCAAAAAAAAUUUGACCAGUCAGGCCUUGCUCCAGGCCAGGAGUACGAAGUCUCUCUCAGUGUCAUCAAGAACAACACAAGAGGACCCCAAACGUCUAAAAAAAUCACCACCAAGAUCGAUGGCCCUCGACAUGUGGACGUGAAGGACGUCACGGACUCCUCGACCCUGGUCACCUGGUCCCAGCCAGUGGCCGAGGUGGAUGGAGUCACUGUGUUUUAUGGGCCCAGCUCGGACACCCCCGACCAAACCCGGGUGGACUUCUCCUCCUCAGAGAAGCAGUACAACAUUGACAACCUGAGGCCCGACACAGAAUACCAAAUCUCACUGGUAUCCAGAAGAGGAGACACCACCAGCAACCCCGUCACCCUAACAUUCACGACAGACCUCGAUGCCCCCCGGGACCUGCGGACCCUGUCCCAGACUGAUGACAGCAUCACGCUGGAGUGGAGCAACAGUCUAGCAGAUGUUGACAGCUACAAGGUGAAGUACAGCCCCAUCUCUGGUGGUCCUCAUGGUGAGGACCUGUUCCCCCGUGGACGCGGACCCAAGACACAGGCAACUAUCACCGGGUUGAAACCAGGCACGGAGUAUGGCAUAGGAGUGACUGCUGUGAAGAGUGAGAGAGAGAGUCUCCCUGCCACUACAAAUGCAGCAACUGCCCUUGAUCCCCCCAGGGAUCUGGAAAGAAGUGGGAUUACCGAGACCACCCUCACCUUGGCUUGGAAAAAACCUCGGGCGAAGAUCACUCACUACAGGCUUGUAUAUGUCUCAAGGGAUGGCAAAAGAGAGGAGCUGGAAGUCCCUGCCCCAGCCACUUCCUAUGUCCUGCGUAACCUGACUCCCGGCAUGGCUUACAGCAUCAGCCUGACUGCAGAGAGGGGACAGAAGAAGAGUGACCCUGCCACCAUUUCUUCAUCUACAGCCUCUUUCACUUUUUAUUUAGCCGAUUCUGAUGUCCCCGAGCUAUCGACUCCCUCCACAGGCUCGGAGCACAAUGUCAUUAGCUUUGUGUACUUAGAGUCUCCUGACUCCCAGUCUUCUGGGACGGGCUCUGAGGAUGAACAUGGAGCCCUGACUAUAUCAGGCUUAACGUCUAACGGAUUUGAUGUCUCAUGGAAACCAAGGCCACUUGGUGUCUAUGACCGUUUCACAGUAGAAUGUAAAGACACUCAGCAGUUAUGGGAUAUGAAAGAGGUCCAACUCCAUGGAGAUGCCACUGGUGCUAAAAUCCGUGGCCUGAAGGCAUCUACAGAAUAUCAAAUAAAGCUUUAUGGGAUUACGAAUAGCCAGAGAUCCACGCUACUCGAAGCUGUUGCAGUUACAGCACCUAUACCUACCCCUCCAGAUGUUAUCGCAAGUACCAACCACCUCCCGACGCCGUCUGCUCUGGAUACAAGGGAUGCUCAAACCACGGCCGCCUCCGGUCCUAAAACCCCCGAGCGUCCAGGCGUCUCUGAUAGUGGCAGGACGGCCUCCGGGGCCGAACCCGAGCGCUCUAGUCUGGGAGCGUUUGGGGAACUUGUGGUCACAAAUGUGACCUCGACUAGAGUGAGGCUAGCCUGGUCAGCACCCGGCGAGGCCUUUGAUGGCUUCUUGGUGGAGCUGAAAGCUCCGUCAGGGAGGACGCAGUCCCGCGUGACCACAGUACCAGGAAGUGUCAGGAGCGCUGAGAUAGAGGGCUUGUUCCCGUCGACACGCUAUGAUAUCACAUUGUAUGGGCUGGUGGAGGGGGAGCGAUCUUUGCCCCUCAAACUUUUUGCUACCACAGAAGAGCCGAUGCCUAUGGUGAUGAACCUCACCAUCUCUGAUAUUACGUGGGACAGCUUCAAUGUGUCCUGGAGCCCCACGGAUGGGGAAUAUGAGAGCUUUGUUAUUGAGGUAACAAACUUGGAGCAAAUUGCAGAAAGCCAAAACCUCACUGUGUCCGGAGACGCCUCCAGCCUUGGCAUCUCUGGGCUGAAUCCCAACACCAGCUAUAUGGUUGCUCUGUAUGGGAUGCAUCAGGGCUCCUUCCUUGAACCUGUGUAUACUGAAGCCACCACAGUGAGCGAGCCAGUGGUUGGCAAGCUAUAUGUGUCUAACUUGACAUCAGAGAGCUUUUCAAUCUCCUGGAACAGCACUGGGGGAGAGUUUGAUGGUUAUGUCCUGGAGAUAAUUGAUUCUGAUUGGCUAAGGGAGCCAGAGGAAUAUAACAUAUCCGGCAAUGUAAUGUCCCACGCCAUCACAGGGCUUAGGCCCAGCACUGACUAUGUAGUCUACCUCUAUGGGAUACUGAAUGGAUCCCGCACGAAUGCUAUCAGUAUUGUUGCAUCAACAGCUGCAGAGCCUGAUUUGUCCAGGCUAGCUGUUUCUAACAUUACCUCAGACAGAUUUACUCUGUCGUGGAGGACAGGAGAGAAGGAUUUUGAUAACUUUGUUAUAGAAGUCAGAGAGUCUGCUUUGCCCUCUCAGGCAGUGGGUCGCACGCUCCCUGGAAAUGUGCGCUCAACAGUCAUGGCUGGGCUUAAAGAGAGCAUGAGCUACAACAUAAAAUUAUAUGCCAGCACUGAUGGCCAGAAUACACAGCCGAUAUUUGCUGUAGCUACAACAGAGGAUGUCCCACAGUUGGGUGCUAUAUCUGCUUCAUCUGUAAACCCACAUAACCUCACCUUGUCCUGGAGCACUAUUUCAGGCCAUUUUGAUGGCUUCGUUGUUCGGGUCAGUGACUCAGAGCAGCUGUUUGAAACACUGGAGUUCAGGGUGCCUGGUGACGUCCUUAACAUUACGGUGUCUAACCUGGUGGAUGCCACAGGCUAUGACAUUGAACUGUAUGGUAUCUCUCACGGGCGGCGCACUCCUUCCGUGUUAGCCCAUGUCAUCACAGCACCUUUGCCAAAAGUGGAAAACUUGACCAUUUCGAAUGUAACCCCAUACGGCUUCCGUGUGUCCUGGGAGUUUGAGCAGCAGCAGGAGGGUGUCUCCACUAGUGGUGCUUUCAGCCACUUCCACAUAGUGGUGACAGACUCUGGCUGGCUGCUGAAGCCUCAUGAGUUCACUGUCCCGGGCAACCAGAGCCACCUGGACAUCUGGGGCCUGAUCACCGGCAUAGGCUAUGAGGUCAGGCUGACCGGGGUGUCCAGGUCAGGCUUGCUCUCUCGGCCGCUGACCACAGUGGCUGUGACAGAGGCUGAGGCGGAGAUCGAGCAUCUUUUCGUCUCGGACAUCACGGCUGACAGUUUUCGUCUGUCAUGGACGGCUGAUGAAGACUUAUUUGACAGAUUUGUGAUCAAAAUAAGAGACACCAAAAAGUUUGCGCAUCCACGGGAGUUCAACGUCCUUGGUGAUCAGAGAACCAAGGUUUUAACUGGACUCAUGGAUGGCACUGAAUAUGAAAUUGAGCUGUAUGGUGUCACGUUGGAGCAGCGCUCCCAGCCGAUUACUGGGGUAGCUCAGACAGGCUUAGGUUCUCCAAGAGGAAUUCGCUUCUCCGAAGUGACUGACACGUCAGCAUUGGUUCACUGGACCACACCUCACUCCCAAGUGGAUGGCUACCGAAUCAUCUAUGUGCCGCUACAAGGAGGUAGCCCGAUGACUCUGACUGUGGAUGGUACUGUGUCCCAGGCUUUGCUGUCCAAUAUGAUGCCUGGAAAGACGUACCAGGUGACUGUCACUGCUGUAAAGGGUCUGGAAGAAAGUGACCCCAGCAGAAGUUCUGUUACGACAGAUCUGGACAGACCUCAGGGACUGGCUGCUGUAAAUGUCACCGACACGUCAGCCUUGUUGCUGUGGCAACCGUCCGUUGCCACUGUCGAUGGUUACGUCAUCACCUACAGCACUGAUUCAGUGUCCCCAGUGAUAGAGCAUGUUUCUGGGAAUACAGUAGAGUUUGAAAUGGGCUCCCUGGUUCCAGCCACCCACUACAAAGUAGGGAUGUAUGCUAUGAAAGAUGCCCAGAAGAGUGCUUCUGCCACUACUGAAUUCACCACUGAUGUGGACCCCCCUCGUGACCUUGUGGCCAGUAACAUUCAAACUGACAGCGCUACUCUGACAUGGAAGCCUCCACGAGCCGCUGUCACCGGCUACAUGCUGACCUUCUCGUCUGCCGAUGGCACUGUCCGGGAAGUGGUACUGAGCCCCACAGCCACCUCAUACAGCAUGAGCCAGUUGACGGGCUCCACGGAGUACAGCGUCAGGCUGCAUGCCAACGUUGGGGCUCAGAGGAGUCGUCACGUCAGCACCGUCUUCAUUACAAUUGGAAAGUUAUACCAACACCCCCAGAACUGUGCUCAGGCUUUCUUGAAUGGGGAGACCGCCUCAGGCCUGUACACCAUCUAUGUGGGUGGGGAGGAGAGCCAAUCAGUCCAGGUUUACUGCGACAUGACGACGGAUGGAGGAGGAUGGCUGGUGUUUCUGAGGCGCCAGAAUGGAAAGCUGGAGUUCUUCAGGAACUGGAAGAACUACACGAAUGGCUUUGGCAACAUGAACGAUGAGUUCUGGCUUGGUCUGUCCAACCUCCACAAGAUCACGGCUUCUGGCCAGUACGAGCUGCGUGUGGACUUGGGGGAUGGCGGCGAAUCGGCCUAUGCUCAGUAUGACAAGUUCACUAUUGCAGAACCACGGACCCGCUAUAAAGUUAAUGUGGGGGCCUACAGCGGCACAGCAGGUGAUUCCAUGACCUACCACCAGGGUCGCCCUUUCUCCACCUACGACAAUGACAACGAUAUCGCCGUUACCAACUGCGCCUUGUCCUACAAGGGUGCCUUUUGGUAUAAAAACUGUCAUCGGGUAAACCUCAUGGGAAAAUAUGGUGACGAUAGUCACAGUAAGGGCAUCAACUGGUUCCACUGGAAGGGCCACGAGCACUCGAUCGAGUUUGCGGAGAUGAAGAUAAGGCCUGUGAACUUUAAAAACUUUGAAAGCAGAAGGAAAAGAUCAUAGACUCCUGAACCCCCCGACCCCCUGACCCCCUGACCCCCUUCCUUGUCAACUCUUCCACUUCUGAACCUUUUCAACAGUCUUGUACAUUUGUGUCUCGUCCUUGACCCGUUGUAAGAUAUGAUCCGUCACGAUAACCAUGUGGCAAAUAUGGUCCAAAAGGCUAUGAGGAACGACCAAAGACGACAGGAGAUGAGCAGUAGCUGUGACUAUCACAGGCAUCCAAUGGAGGAUAUAGUAUUGCCUUGGCCAUCCACGUUUCAUGUACGAAUAUAUUUCUAAUUUCACAUUUGUAGUUCCGCGGGAUGGCAGACGCGCCACCAAACACAGGAGAACGACCACGUUUAUCACGGGCCAUCGCACACAUCUUGUCGAGCGAUGAAAAAAAAAAAAAACGGUGUAACGAGUAAAACGUGUUGAUAGAGCAUAAAAAAGUCAACAUAUAAAACGCUGUUAAAGGAUUGACUGAACCAGGGACAUGUUUGUCCGGUCAGGCUCGAAGCCGCCUGCAUCACUUGAAGUCGUAAGUUAACUCCAGAGGUUGUAUGAUCAGCUUGGUUUUGACUCCCUCCGUAGGGAGCCCUGGAAUACAGAGCGCAGUAAGACGCCUUUGGACAAAAUAAAGACAUGAGAGGACAUUUGUAAAACCCUGUUUGCACACUUUGCAUGCAUACCUGCAUGCAGGACAUGUGACGCACACGUUUCCAUAUAUUGUGUGUGCAGGAUAUCGUGUUUUGUUUGCAUGUUAAAUCUUUCUUAUCACCAUUAAAUACAUGUUUUUGUUAUCCCUUAAAGGACUGCAACUCCUCUGUGCUCUGUAAAAGGAUGUUCUACCUCACCAGAAUUCAUUCUGAUGCUGUUGAGUAGAAGAUGUAUAUGGAAAAAAAGUAUUGUACAAAAUCAGGGCCGUUCUCGCUGAGACCGAGCUUCUGGGUGGCCGUCACAGUUAAACAUCUGUUUAAAUUAUGCUUUACUUAAUUCAACAUAAUUAAAGUCUUUCUCUGUUACCUUUAAACAAUACAAAAUAAAGAAAUACUUGGUU